AUGUCAGUAUCGGGAAAGAAAGAGUUUGAUGUGAAGCAGAUCCUGAGGCUCCGCUGGAGGUGGUUCAGUCACCCCUCGCAAGGCUCCGCAGGCACGGGGGGCUGCCCUCAGCAGGAGUAUGAGCACAGAGGGACACCGGUUCAGAACAGGUUGAAGAACCACUCUCGGGACAGAAAUGGGCUGAAGAAAAACAGCAGUCCUGUCCACCACAAUAUACUGGCACCUGUGCCAGGUCCAACCCCGGUGCACCACCGAUCUAUUCAAACCUGGCAUCAACACAAUCUCAUAGAACAGCUUCGAUCAAAUGAGGAUAUUCCCAAAACAAGCACAGAGGAAAACAGUGUCAAAGAAGAUUCAAGUAAAACCACGCAGGAGUUGCAGAUGAUCACAGAAGAAAAUUCAGAUGAAUCUGCAGAGAGGCUGUCAAUGACCAGCAGCUCGCUGCUUGGAAUGAACACCAAUGGCUCAGAUGAGUAUUUCCAGUCUACAAAUCAUGCAGAGCAAAUUUUCCGCAAAAUGGAAAAUUAUCUGCAGCAGAAGCAGCUGUGUGAUGUUCUUCUUAUAGUUGGAGACCAAAAGAUUCCAGCUCACAGGUUGGUUCUCAGUGCAGUGUCUGAUUAUUUUGCUGCAAUGUUUACUAACGAUGUGCGUGAAGCCAAACAAGAAGAGAUCAAGAUGGAGGGAGUAGACCCUGAUGCGCUAAAAGCUUUGGUGCGCUAUGCCUACACAGGUAUUCUAGAGUUAAAGGAAGACACUAUAGAAAGUUUGCUAGCUGCAGCUUGUCUUCUCCAGCUAUCCCAGGUUAUUGAGGUGUGCUGCAACUUCCUCAUGAAGCAGCUCCAUCCUUCCAACUGCCUGGGGAUUCGCUCUUUUGGAGAUGCUCAGGGCUGCACAGAGCUCCUGAAGGUGGCACACACAUACACUAUGGAACACUUCACAGAAGUGAUAAAAAACCAGGAGUUUCUUUUGCUCCCUGCUAAUGAAAUUGCAAAGCUCUUGUCUAGCGAUGACAUCAAUGUUCCAGAUGAAGAAGCCAUAUUCCAGGCGUUAAUGAUGUGGGUGAGGCAUGAUUUGCAAAAUCGGCAACGAGACCUAGGAAUGCUUCUUUCUUAUAUUAGACUGCCUCUACUUCCACCCCAGUUAUUAGCCGAUCUAGAAAAUAGUCCAAUGUUUGCAGACGACCUAGAGUGUCAGAAACUUCUUAUGGAGGCGAUGAAGUACCAUCUUCUACCAGAAAGACGGUCCAUGAUGCAGAGUCCUCGAACUAAGCCUAGAAAAUCUACAGUGGGUGCGCUUUAUGCUGUAGGAGGUAUGGAUGCCACUAAAGGUACCACUACAAUCGAAAAAUAUGACCUAAGGACUAACAGUUGGGUACAAAUUGGUACUAUGAAUGGUAGACGAUUACAGUUUGGAGUUGCAGUGAUUGACAACAAGCUCUAUAUUGUGGGGGGAAGAGAUGGCCUGAAAACUUCUAACAUUGUUGAAUGUUUCAACCCUGUAACCAAAGUUUGGACUAUAAUGCCUCCUAUGUCAACACACAGACACGGCCUAGGAGUAGCAAUGCUUGAAGGACCAAUGUAUGCUGUUGGUGGCCAUGACGGAUGGAGUUACCUUAAUACCGUAGAAAGAUGGGACCCACAAGCACGGCAAUGGAAUUACGUUGCUAGCAUGUCAACCCCUAGAAGCACCGUAGGGGUUGCAGCAUUAAAUAGCAAACUGUAUGCUGUUGGCGGACGAGAUGGGAGCUCCUGCUUAAAAUCGAUGGAAUGUUUCGAUCCGCACACAAACAAGUGGAGUAUAUGUGCUUCGAUGUCCAAGAGAAGAGGCGGUGUUGGUGUUGCAACGUACAACGGGUUUUUAUAUGCUGUGGGAGGUCAUGAUGCACCUGCUUCCAACCACUGCUCUCGACUUUCCGACUGUGUAGAAAGGUAUGAUCCUAAAACAGAUGCCUGGACUACUGUGGCCCCCUUGAGUGUACCUCGGGAUGCUGUUGGAAUUUGUCCUCUGGGGGACAGAUUAUAUGCUGUUGGGGGCUAUGAUGGCCAUACGUACCUGGAUACCGUGGAGUCCUACGAUGCUCAAAAUAAUGAGUGGACAGAGGAAGUUCCUGUCAAUAUUGGAAGGGCUGGAGCAUGUGUUGUUGUUGUGAAGUUGCCCUGAGGAUUGUAAAUAUUGUGAAACUAAACUGAGUGGAGUUUCAUGAAGACUGAGUCAGGAAGAUAAGAAACAUUUCCAGAAAGCAGUACAGACUACACACAUCUUAGCAGCCCUCCGUUAU